AUGGCCGACGCCCAGAGCAAAGCAGAGAAGCUCGCCGCGGCGCGCAAGAAGGCCGAGGAGCUCAAGAAGAAGAAGGCCGCCGGCGCAAAGGCCAAGAAGGACAAGGCACCGGCAGAAAAGAAGGAAGAUGAAGCCGCAGCCGUGGCUGAGCCUACAGAAGAGAAGCCCAAGGAGGAGGCGCAGGACGAGGAGGCUGCCCCCGUCGAACCGUCCACCCCAGCCGAGGCAGAACCCACCACAACUGCCAGCCCAUUCGCCCCUACCGAUACCGAAUCCCCCGCGCGAGCAGGUGGCGCGACGUCAGAGUCCACAGCGGAGCUCGAGGCCAAGCUGUUGGAGCUGGAGAAGGAGCUGGACGCUGUCAAGGGAGAAAGGGACGAGGCGCAAUUGACCGCGGACGCGCUAGAGAAGAAGGUCGUGUCACUCGAGCUGCUGCACAAGGAGGACGAGUCACAGAUCAACCGUCUACAAACAGACCUAGCCGAGGCCAAGAACGAGGCCGUCGACCUGAAGAACAAGCUCCAAAAGUCCGAGGCCGAGGUCCUACGGCUGAGCAAGCAGGAGAACCAGGACAGAGGCGGCACCGACAACGACCACCUGGACGAGCUGGAGGACGAGGAGCGCAAGAAGCUGGAGGCCCGGAUAAGGCAGCUGGAGUCGGAGAACUCGGACCUCCAGAGAGGCAUCUGGCAGGAGAGGCGGCGCGACAUGCAGCCGCCCAUGGACGACGGCACGGGGCACUUCACCAACGUGCCGCUGUCGCCAUCUACUGCGCGGAAGCAGGGCGGAUUCGGGGACUUCUUCACGACUGGGCUCAACGCGCUCACUGGUGGCGGCGGGCACGAGCACCAGGACGACGAUGGGUUCCUUGAUGAUGACGAGGACUUCGACGAGGACGCGUUCCGCAAGGCACAGGAGGAGACUGCCAAGGCGAGGAUUGAGAGGAUCAAGGAGGUCAAGAGGGGACUGAAGAAUUGGGAGGGAUGGAGGCUGGACCUUGUCGAGGGGAGGAGAGGUGGUGGGGAGGGCCUAGGGGAGAUAUUCGAGAUUUGA